GACUUCGGGUUUGCCCUCCCCAGAGCCAGGACUCGGCGGCAGCUCUGGGCCUCCAUGGAUCCGAACAGAGACUGGCUGCCCGUCUGCCACUCGCGGGCUGGGAGAACGCCAGCCGGUGCCUUGCCGGGAAAGUUCUCGGCAAAGCUGGGGAUGAGCCCUCAGCAGGGGAAGCUCCCGGUGGAGCGCGCCCCCAUCCAGUGCCCGCGCGCAAGAACCCGGAAUGGGCCCCACCUGGACCGGAACUCAGGCGUGCGAUCCCGAGAGCUCCCUGAGGACCAGGCAUCGGGUGGGGACCCUGGACGAGGGGGUGAGCUGACUCGGUUUUUAAAAACUCGCCUCCUCCUUCCCUACUUCUGCCCGUCACUCACCUCGCUGGGCACCAGCCCAGGGCAGAAGUGGGAGAAGGAGGCGGUGGCCUCCCCAGGAGGGAGGAGAGGUGGAUCUUUAACUCAAGACUCUAGCAUGAAGAGUUGCCUUCAGGCCUGCCCUGAGUCUCCUUAAGUAACAACAGGCCCUUCCGCCACAGCCAUCCACACGGGAGGCCUCGCGAUUGCUUGGAACCAUCCCGCAGGAGUUCAGCUGAUAUUUUUCUAGUGUGGGGCGAGAGAUUUUGUGGAGUCCAUUUAAGGGGUUUUUGUUGUGACUACUGCUUUUUAUAUAUUUAUUUUCUUUCUUGGAACUGGGCCUCGCCCUCCUCCCACUGACACGAUGGCCCAGUCCAAGGCCAACGGCUCGCACUAUGCACUGACCGCCAUCGGCCUGGGGAUGCUGGUCCUUGGGGUGAUCAUGGCCAUGUGGAACCUGGUACCCGGCUUCAGCGCGGCCGAGAAGCCAACAGCUCAGGGCAGCAACAAGACCGAGGUGGGUGGCGGCAUCCUCAAGAGCAAGACCUUCUCCGUGGCCUACGUGCUGGUCGGGGCCGGGGUGAUGUUGCUGCUGCUUUCCAUCUGCCUGAGUAUCAGGGACAAGAGGAAGCAGCAGCAGGGCGAGGACCUGGCCCAUGUCCAGCACCCGACAGGCGCUGGGCCUCACGCCCAGGAGGAAGACAGCCAGGAGGAAGAGGAGGAGGAGGAGGCUGCCUCAAGGUACUAUGUCCCCAGCUAUGAGGAAGUGAUGAACACAAACUACUCAGAAGCAAGGGGAGAGGAGCAGAACUCUAAGUUGGCCAAACGACUGAAACCGCUGAAAGUUCGAAGGAUUAAAUCUGAAAAGCUUCACCUCAAAGACUUUAGGAUCAACCUCCCGGACAAAAACAUCCCUCCUCCCUCGAUAGAGCCUUUGACUCCUCCACCACAGUAUGAUGAAGUCCAGGAGAAGGCCCCCGACACUCGGCCACCCGAUUGAAUGGUCCCACUUGAGCCACGCUCCCUCCUGUCUCUCACACCUUUUGCCCCCAAGACUCUAACAAAGCCACGUGAACCACGGUUGAGAAGCGGAGGGGCCAGCUGUGCAUGGAGCCAUUUGGAUGGUGGGGGGGAUUCUCUGUAUCAGGAGUGACUGUUGUCCCACACAGCCUCCUGCUGCAGGUGCUUUGGAAGGAGAUGCUGCCCUGGAGCUGGUGAAUCUGUGGACCACAUUCAAGGUUGUGACACAGGCAUCUCCCCAUCCUCUUCACUCCAAAUCACAGGUGACACAUUCUCCUUUCCAGCUAGGAAAGGGUUCCUCGUGGCUGGUUUAGAUUGUGGUUGUUUGUUUUGCUUCUAAUAGGGCUGUUUUGUUUCAAAAAGGAAACAAGUUUUGUGUUUGCUGUCUACGCUGGAGUCCUGAACUGUGGGUAGGAAAUACGACCUGGCUUUGUAGAAAGGACACAGGGCUGUUUUGUGAACUAAGCGGUGAGGCUCAGGUGGCUGCUCUCGCAGAGCCCCUGAUGCUGUCGUUCUUUGAGGGCUUAAGGCCUGAUGAACUUAGGCAUGUGAUGCAUAAUAGUCUUAAUUGGUACACUUAACUAGUCUCUUCUGUGUAACAGCAAAAAAAUAAAAGGAAAACUGUAGGAAAUGUUCUAUUCUUUUUGAAAUGCCAUGCAAUGGAGCUUUUUAUAAUAAAAUAUUUUAUAUGUAGUACA